UAGGAGGCAAAUGAAUGACACAUUUACUGCAGGAUUGAGCAUCUGCAUCUGCUGUUAAUCAUGACACCAUCUACCUCAACAAGAAACACUUUUAUUCUGCUGUUUUAUCUGUUUUUUACAUUUCUACACGUCAACGUUAUUGGUUAUAACGGACAAAAGUGCGAAAGUAAUUAUUACCAGAAAUCCACUCAGGAAAUCCAAAGAUGUGAACGCUGCAAUCAAGAGUGUUCUGAGGAUAAAAAUGAGAAGGAAGUUACUCCAUGCACUCAGACCAGCAAUAGAGUUUGCCUCUGUAAACCAGGUUUUUAUUGCACUAGUGGGAAACAAUUAUCAAACACACUGCCAUCAACCAUGUGUUCCCUGUGGAAAAGGCAUGUUUCGCAGCACACCAUCUCUGGAAGACUGCAGUCCUCAUACAGAUUGUGCUCGGUUGGGAAUGAUAAUGCUCAGAGAGGGCACAGCGACACAGGACAAUGAGUGUGGGAAUGCCACAACAGUGAAGCCAACCUCAUCCUCUACCAAAAAUAUCAUUACUACCACCACUUUCAAUAGCACGUCCAUUCCCAUGACAGAGGAUAAGAAGGAAGUUACUCCAUGCACUAGAGUUUGCAUCUGUAAACCAGGUUUUUAUUGCACUAGUGGAAUUAAUUUGGACACAAACUGCCAUAAACCAUGUGUUCCCUGUGGAAAAGGCACGUUCUCCAGCACAGCAUCUCUAGAAGCAUGCACUCCUCAUACUGAUUGUGCUCGGUUGGGAAUGAUAAUGCUCAGAGAGGGCACAGCGACACAGGACAAUGAGUGUGGGAAUACCACAACAGAGAAGCCAGCCUCGUCCUCUACCAAAAAUAUCAUUACUACCACCACUUUCAAUAGCACGUCCAUUCCCAUGACAGCAGGGGUCACUGUACAACUCAAAGACAAGGCAGAAGAGAUCCAGUCCCACUUGCUGCUGCUAUUAAUCUUAAUGUUGAUAAUCUUGUUCAUGGCUGGAUUCUGUAUCCUGAAGAAAAGCGUGGCAAAGAAAACCCUUUUAAAAUGGUUUGGUUUUAUAAACAGACAACGUGAAGAUUAUCCACCCCAGAGUCAAACUGAAUAUGACAAUCAAAUUUUGUCUAAUUCCCAAUUGGAGACUACAGUACCAGUCGGCAGUGCUGGCAGAGAGGUCAAAGGUCAGAGUACGGGGCCCAUGCCCCAAUCCGGAGCUGUGCAGCAGGUCACAAUGGAGCACAAUGGGAAGGGUGAGAACGUCAGCAAUACUGUUGGAUCCAUCUACAUCUACUCUCCUGGAAUGGUGAUUUUGGGCUCCAACUCGGGUGAUAAAAAGGAAGAGGCAGGACUUUGCGAAGAAGGCGUUCCCCUCAUCAGCAGACCGCAGCAAGAGUCAAAUCCACCCUCGCAAGAGGUCAGAAUCAGAAUAAGCGCACCGGAAGAGGCUGAGGAGGAACUGAGCUUGAGUUUUCCUGUGCCAGCAACUGAAAAAGUGAGAACUUGAACAUGUGGUUUCUUGCAUGAACUUCAGAAUGGCCUUCAGGAAGAUACCAGGUUGAAUCACAAGGCUGAAAACACACAAGCUGCCAGUUUUAAGAUUCCCGGUAAAGGAUGGCAUCAGAAAGGCCCAAGUCAUGGUUUCAGUUCCAGAGAAACAUGCACACUGGCUAAAUGUACAGGCUACCUUGAUUGCAACGUAUGUCAAAUACAGAAUGUGCAGAUGUACCAGAUGGGAAUCAACAAGUAAUGAUUUUAGCUUUUUUUGCACAUCAAGAAAAAAGAUUUAUGCUUAAUUUAAGUCGGUCAAUUUUUAUAAAUGCACAUGUCGGUAUUGCCGCUUCAGCAAAA